AUAUAUAUAUAUGGGUGUGUGCGUAUGCCCUGGAACAGUUACGGUUUCGACCCAUCCAUCUUUUUCUCUUCUUCCCAGCAGAAAUAGCAGAAAUAAUAAUAGCACUAAUCAUGGAGUCCAAACAUGGGAGUUGGAGACUCUCAUUAAUGUUGCUUCUGGUUAUGCUUGGGUUGGCAAAAGCUGAUAUCAAUCAAGACAAAACAGAAUGUAGUAAUGAGCUAGUAGGGCUGGCUCCAUGUCUCCCCUACGUUGGUGGAGACGCAAAAACCCCCACCAUAGAUUGUUGCAGUGGGCUGAAACAGGUGCUGGAUAAGAGCCGGAAAUGCCUGUGUGUAUUGCUUAAAGAUAGAGAUGACCCCAGCCUUGGCCUCAACAUCAACGCUACUCUCGCGGCAACACUUCCUACCACUUGUCGUGCCCCUGUCAACAUGACCGACUGCAUCUCUCUUCUGCACUUAACUCCCGAUUCCCAGGAAGCUAAGUUAUUUCAAGGAUAUCAGAAGCUGACACACACUGGCAACUCCAACUCCACUACCACUGCUGCUGCUGCUGCUGCAGACAAGAGUGAUGGAGGAAAGGCAAAGAAGUGGGUGGGAGUAGAGAUAGCGUUCGGAGUUUCACUAUGGAUUUUCACCAUAAACCGGAACCUUGGUGUGUGAUUGAUUUCUUCUAUAAACGGUGGAUCCAGUUUUUAUGUGUCGUACAUUCUCUUUCAUUCACUUGUCUUGCUUUGCCCAACAAUUCCUGGCUAGAUGUAGAUCACAUGUGGACUAAAGCUUUUUAUUUCUUACCUCCCAUCAUCAAAACAAAACAACAUAUGUCUUGCCUUCAUCUUAAUUUUGCAAUUAUAUAUUUCUGCCAACAUGGAUUAAUUGGUAUGGUAGGGAACACAUCUCAAAAUACUUUUGCUCCUUCAUUCCAUUUUCACAGGUAUCUCCGACUAUAGCAAACCCAAAUACAUAACUAAUGUAUUUAAAUGGUUUUGUCGGUUGUAGCGUUUGCUUAUUGAUUUAUGUCGACCUGAUCCUUAAUUAUAUCUUUUAUUUUAUUAAAUUAAAAAUUCAACUAAAUAAA